UGUUGGAUCAAGGGCCUAAAGCCUCAAAGGUCCAAAGGUAGUGCAGGCCUUGACGGAGGUCUCCAUGGAUGUUGAAUCUGACAGGAGCUUUGAAUAUCAGAGAGUUCUUGAUGGAAGGCGCAAUGUGUACCGCUUCGGCCGCGAUGGGACGAUUCUUUGGGAAGCGACCGGGCGAAGUGAAGUGAAGACUCCCACAGAGGCGGAGGCGGCUGCCCAGGUGCAGGUAGAGGAUGGGGAGGAUUUGGAGGUUCCAGGAAUACGAGCAAUCAGAGCAUUCUUCAGGAAGCGGCCUGCUUCCGCUCCUGCUGGGACCAGGUGCCCUCAAAGCAGCCAGGUGUGCUACCAUAUGCGUGACUUCACCGAUAUGCUAGCUGCAGCGGCAGGUGAGGUGGAGCUGCUAAAACCAGCAGUACCGCCGCCACCGUUGGUCAGACCAAUCAGGUCGCCCUUAGAUCGAAGACGCCGCAGCUUGGCAGGUCGGCGAAGCUUUUCAAGAAGCAAUCGGCCAGGUUCGGCACAAUUUCGCCAAGCACAUAUGGCGGAUGCCGCUGCCAAUCCAGUCAUGCCGCGCAAAAAAGGCCUACCCCAAGCCAGAGACCGUCGUGCACGGGAGCUGCUGGAGUCAUGGAAGCUGGUCUGACAGCGCUUUGAUUGGGAGGAAUAUCUCAAGCGUCAGGGCCUGUCGCUUUGGAAGUGCUUGUCGUGUUUGGACCGAUGCACGGUGCAUCACCCCAAGCGAGG